GAUUUUGACUUAUCGCUAAGAUGCUAUGUGAAUCCAACACUUGUUACAUCCAGCAUCGACCCGUCUUGUGCAAUCUCUUCAUAUUGCAUUAAGCCAUCAUGCAUAGAUCCAGCCUGCAAAUUAACUGUUUGUGUAGAGCCUUCGUGUUUCCAACCCUCUUGCUUUAAGCCUCGACUUUUUAACUCAAAAACAGCAAAAGUAAGGGGUGAACGCAUGGCUGUGAUCACUUCAGAUUCUCUUCCCAUGCUCGUUGCGGAGCCAACUUCAGCCCGAUCAAUGUCUUUUGUAGGCACACAUGAGUAUUUAGCCCCCGAAAUUAUUAGAGGAGAUGGUCAUGGCAGUGCUGUCGACUGGUGGACAUUUGGUAUUUUCUUAUACGAAUUGCUUCAUGGGAGGACACCCUUUAAAGGCAAUGGUAACCGAGAGACUUUAUUUAACGUUGUCGGACAACCCUUGAAAUUUCCUGAGGGAUCCAUGUUAAGUUUUGCUGCAAAGGAUUUAAUUCGAGGUUUGCUCACAAAGGACCCUAAAAAAAGAUUAGGAUUUAAAAGAGGUGCCACAGAGAUAAAACAACAUCCGUUCUUUGAAAGCGUUAACUGGGCUCUUAUUCGUAGUACUCAUCCGCCACAGGUUCCUAAACCUGUUGAUCUUGCAUCAUGUAAUCAAGCACUCAAGUCAUCUUUGCCUAAAAGUGACAAGGCUGCUUCUGAUUCAGACAGUUUAUCUGGUCCCUUUUUAGAUUUUGAAUUUUUCUAGCCAUUUUUGACCUGUAAUUGUUUGUUCUUAAGUUGGGCAUUAUAUUUAUGAUCAAUAAAAUCUUUUCACAAUACAAGGUCUCCCCUUUUGAUAAAUAUUAAAGAAAUGCAUGGUUUUGUAGCAUCCAUUGCCAACAUUACCUUAAAGAAAAAAGUUCUCUGCCUUUGGUGUAAAAACCGCGUUGAUGGAUUCACUGUUUGUCGAGAUUCCUGACUAAUAUCCUUUGUUGCUUUAUCUGUAGAUUCCAAAGAACAAUUUGCUGAAGACAAAUCAUCAAACAGUUUGACUGUAGAAUUGAACAAGUGUCAAUGCCAGAUACAAAUUUAUAGCUUUUUGGUGUGCUUUAAUCUUUGGGAUUCUGUUUACCUGAAUGUUUCUAAAGAUGCUUUAUUCUUCUGGUUGCACAGUCUCUUUUUCUUUUAUUUUGGUACAUAAAUGUGCUUUUAGUGAAUGCUUGUAUAAUGAG